GGUCGCGUCGCCCACCAGAGAAACCCUAAUCCUCCUCCCCUCCCCUCGAAGCCGCCAUCGCCAUGGCGGCCCCCUUCCGCCCGUCCCCACCCGCCCCGGGCGGCUGCGGCGGCGACCGCUGCGCCUCCGGCCGCGACGCCUGGCCGCUCCACCACUUCCUCCACGAGGGCGUCUUCUGCCGCCUCUGCUCCUCCUGCGUCCUCCUCUACCGCCCCUCCGCCUUCUGCUCCGCCUGCCUCCACCUCCUCUCCACCUCCGACGCCGCCGCCACCGCGCCCGCCGGCGACCCCGCCGUCUCCCCGCCCGGGCCCACCGCCCCGUGCUCCGUCUGCGGCCUCUCCGUCGCGCACCUCUCGUGCGUCGCGGGGGACCCCGCGUCCUUCGUCUGUCCGCCCUGCGCCGCCGCCGCCGAGAACAGGCCCUUCUCCUUCACACCCGCGCCCCCCGCCGGGGGCGGGGGCCGCCGCACGCUGGACGAGCGCGACGCGCGGGUCCUCCUAGUCGCGGCGCGCCUCGCGCACGACUCCGUCAGCCGCGCCGCGGCCGCCGCCCGCGAGUUGGCCGAGCGCCGCGUCGCGGAGGCCGCAGCGGCCCGGAAGCGCUCCCGCGAGAUGCUCGACGCCGCGUUCCGCGCGCUGGAGGCGGAGACAAGGGAGGCCAAGAUGAGGCCCGCCCCGGCCGCCCAGCUGCCCAAGAAGAAGGCCCCGAAGAGCGCCGAGGCGAACAGAGACAAGGACAGGUUGCUCAAGCUCAACGCCAUGCAGCAGCCCGCGCUAGCGUUCGCCGCGGCAGCUGCCGCCGCAGCAGCGGUGAGCUCGAUGCCAUUGGCCACCGUACCACCGCCCAGGGAGGACAAGAAGCCAGUGAAACAAGAGGCGCAAGGUUCUGCACCGCCGCCACCGCCAAGAGAGGAUCGCCCCGCACUAUUUGGGGCCUUGCAAUCGUGAGAUUGAGGGCACUGUAAUCCAUUCCUCUUCUUCCGAUCCAUUUCGUCUCUGUGCAGCUAAGCAAUCUGAGGAGAAACUGAAAUCUCAGGGUUAGUCAUCUUGAAGAGUGCUAGAAUCCUCAUUUCAGGGUCUUCUCACCGUAAAUUCUUUUCUUGUCUUGACAUGCUAGAUGAGUCUUUUUGCGGCUGGUCUGCAUCCAGUAUUCUGAUUUGUUUGGUGAAUGAAUGUCGCGCUGAAACCCAACCAGAUGUUCAGUUUCUAAAUUUUUGUCGUUAAUGCCUUUGAUUCGUCAUUGAUGGAGCUAGAUUGAGAUGACAUGAGUGAUAUGUACUAAUUAGACAGAUAGUGGGUUUUAGAAUGGUGAGCAGAUUCUUGCACUUCCACUUCUGUCGCUGGGCUUCAUUGUAGAUGGACCGAGCGAUUGCUUAGUUGGUAGAGGGUGUCACAAUCGCCCUGCCCACCCAGUGUUAAGUGGACACCAAAAGUGCUGGAAUUGACUGAAAAUAAAAGUGUUUGAUGUAUUUGGGAAAUGCAAGUGUAUUUUUGUAGACCUCCCAACUUUCAGUACGUACACCACUUGCGAGCUGUCAUGUAUUACUUCUUUCUAA